UAAUUAAUCAUUCCAACUCCUACAAAUCUCUCCUAUCACAACUUAAAAUCAACACCAGCUUCCAGCAAUCCUUCAAAAUGGUUAUCAUUGCCCCAAUUUCGAUCCUUAUCGUUGGGAUGAUUGUUUCCUCUUCAAUGGGAAUCUACCUCCCAACUCCAGCCAACAUCGCGAAGGACGUCAAGUGGACACAAGCCAUCAAUGCCGCCCUUUGCGCGCCUGGAGCACACAGCGACGCCGUGGCUCAGCAAUUUUAUGCCUGUUACAAUGAAGCCAUCGUUCCCGGUGCCACAUCAUUCAAAGCUUGUCAAACCCAAGUUUAUGGUGUCCAAAUGGACACUCAAGCAAAUGUUGACACCGUUUGCAGCGGAGGUCCCGACAAAUUUCCAAGGUACGCUGCAUGCAUUUUGGCCCGACUUCCAUUCCAAGGUGUCUGUGCGACAACUGCGAUCCACAAGUUGAACGAAUGCCAAGGCAAAGUCAUGAAUGUUCCAGCCCCUGCUUAAUUAAUCCAACAUGUUCCAAUUUACUCUGAAAACUAUUUAGUGAUCCUUUUUCAAACCUUGGUCUACUCAAAAUUAAUCAAAUUGUACUCUUCUGCAUGAUUUAUUCUAGUGAAUAAAGUUUAUGCACGAUGCUAUAUGCAUAUUUGCUAUACGUAA